AACAUUUCGUACGUAUGGAUGUGAGAUUUUAAUAAGAGUGCUCAAGAAAGAACGGCAUUUAUUUUGUUUAUUUAUUUUACACCCAAAUUUAACAAAUUUCCAUAAUUUUAUAAUGUACAACGGUGAAUGCAGCAUACUCAUCAAAGAUAUCAAGCCUGGAUUAAAGAACAUCAACGUUAUUUUCAUUGUUUUGGAAAUAGGGACUGCCACUGUAACUAAGGAAAAUAGAGAGGUUCGAAAUUUCAAAGUUGGAGAUCACUCUGCCUGUAUUAAUGUUUCUAUUUGGGAUGAACCAGGAAAGCUAAUAGCACCUGGCGAUAUUAUUAAGUUGACAAAAGGAUACGCCUCUAUUUGGCGUCACUGUUUAACACUAUAUUCAGGCAAAAAUGGUGAAGUUUACAAGAUUGGGGAAUUUUGUAUGAUUUUCAACGAGCAAAUCAAUAUGAGUGAACUGAAAAGACCUGACCAACAACAGCAACAACCUCAAGGCUUAGGAGGGAUAGGUAAUCCUCAAUUGAUGGCAAACACCACUGCAGUCACCGGACCUGUGGCUGCUGCUAAUAAUAGCGGCACGGUAACUCCUUCACAACAAGUGCAACAGGCUGGCAGUAAUGGAUCCACUACCCAAGGAGGGCAAAGAAUCAUUGGAACAUCCAUAGGUGGGGCAAUCCAACAGGCGAAUGCAGCAACUACGCCUAAAACUGGAAAUAUCCAACAAAUAGCACAGCUACCUCAAAAACAACAACUAAGUAGUGGCCCAGUGUCUGCUAAUACGAAUGCUAGUGCCGCCGUGCAACAAACAACACAACCAGUGACCACCCCAGCAGCUGGUGUACAAUCUCAAGCAACUAAGCCGAACCGUGGUGGCCGCACAGGAGGCACUCGUUCUAGCAAUCUUAAAAACGAGCGCAGGUGAAUAAUAUUAGUUUGCAAAGAUAAUGAUUGGGAGACCAAAUUUAAUGAAUACAUGUAUAAUCAUGAAACGUUAAUUUGUACUUUAUUUAUCAAUUCUAAAUAUAUACAAAUCUAUUAAAAUCA